AUGUCAGUACCGCUGUCUUCUAAGGAGCAAUCCCUGUUCAAGCAGGUUGUUCAGCUCUACGAGUCCAAGCAAUACAAGAGGGGUAUCAAGACUGCCGACCAAGUAUUGAAGAAGGUUCCCAACCAUGGCGACACGCAGGCCAUGAAGGCCUUGAUCCUCAACUCCCAAGGCAAGACCGAAGAAGCCUUUGAUCUGGCCAAACUCGCCCUCAAGAAUGCCAUGAAGUCGAAUGUCUGUUGGCACGUCUACGGCCUGUUGUAUCGCUCGGUCAAGAACUACGACGAAGCAAUCAAGGCCUACAAGUUUGCCCUGCGCCUCGACCCCGACUCGCGCCAGAUCCAGCGCGACCUCUCGCUCCUCCAGGCCCAGACCCGCGAUUGGAAGGGCCUUGUCGACAGUCGCAGAACCAUGUUGACCGCUUCUUCCGGUGUUCGCGCCAACUGGACCGCCAUGGCUAUUGCCCACCACAUGGCUGGCGACUACCAGGCUGCCGAGAAGGUCUUGACCAUGUACGAGGACACUCUCAAGGUUCCUCCGCCCGCAACCGACCUCGAGCACCACGAAGCCGUCCUGUACAAGAACACCAUCAUUGCCGAGUCUGGCGACUACGAACGAGCUCUUCAAGGCCUCAAGGCUCUUUACAAGUCCAACCCCGAUAGAACCGCCGUCAUGGAACUCAGGGCCGAGUACUUGUUGAAGCUGGAUCGCAAAGAGGAGGCUGAAAAGGCAUACCGCAAUCUGCUCGAGAGAAAUGCCGAGAGACGCGCCUACUACGACGGCUUGGAGAAGACGCUGGGCUUGGACAGAAAUGACCCGGCCGCACACACCCAGCUGCUGGACCUGUACAAGUCGUUUGCCGAGAAGAGCGAGAGAAUCGACGCACCCAGACGUGUGCCGCUCGACUUCCUCCAAGGCGACGCUUUCCGCGAGGCCGCUGAUGCCUACCUCACACGAGUCUUCCGCAAGGGUGUCCCCUCGACUUUCGCCAAUGUCAAGGCCCUGUACAACGACGAGUCCAAGAAGCAAACCAUUGAACAGCUGGUCCUCGGUUACGCUUCUCAGGACAACCAAGAGAACGGCAAGAACUGGCAUCUCGCCGUAAACUACUUCCUCGCACAACACUACGAUUACCACCUCUGCCGCAACCUCGAAAAGGCCUCUGAAUACAUCGAAAAGACCAUCGCCCUCAACACAAAUCCCCAAGACUACACCUUCCACCUCACAAAAGCAAGAAUCACAAAACACUCUGGCGACCUCGAAGCGGCAGCAAAGCAAAUGAACGAAGCUCGCGAAAUGGACCGCGCCGACCGCUACAUCAACACAAAGUGCGCAAAAUACCAAUUACGAAACAACCAAAACGAUACCGCCAUCGAGACCAUGGGUCUUUUCACCCGCAAGGAAGCUAACGGCGGUCCGCUGGGUGAUUUGCUCGACAUGCAAUGCAUGUGGUACCUGUUCGAAGACGGCGAAGCCUACAAACGCCAGAGCAAGCUGGGUCUAGCUCUCAAGCGCUUCAAGUCAAUCCACGACAUCUUUGACGUCUGGUACGAGGACCAAUUCGAUUUCCACAGUUUCUCUCUGCGCAAGGGCAUGAUUCGCGCAUACGUCGACAUGAUCCGCUGGGAGGAUCAUUUGCGCCAACAUCCCUUUUACUCGAGGGCUGCAUACUCGGCCAUCGACAUCUACGUCAAACUCUUCGACGACCCCAACUACGGCUCAGCAAACGGCGACCUCAGCGACGCAGAUAAGAAAAAGGCAGAAAAGAAAGCACGCAAGGAAAAGGAAAAGGCAGAGGCAGACAAGAAGGCCGCCGCUGCCGCAAAGGCAACAGCUACUUCGGAAGAGGUGGUCAAGAAGGAAGACACAGACCCGCAAGGCGAAGAGUUGCUCAAGACCAAGGACCCGCUUGCUGAGGCUAUGAAGUACCUUUCUCCUCUGCUCGAGCAAAGCCCUCUGAACAUCAAGUCUCAACAAGCCGGCUUUGAAGUCUUUGUGCGUAGGGAAAAGUACCUUCCUGCAUUGAAGUGCUUGGUCGCUGCUUCCAAGAUUGAUGCCAAUGACGCAACGGUGAAGGAACAGACCGCCCGUCUGCGCAAAACUCUGUCUGAGCUCAAGGAGCCUCUACCGGAAAAAAUCAAGGAGGUCAUUGAUGCCGAGCUGGCCACACUACCAUAG